AUGUCCAGAUUUGAACACUCAGAUUACUCUGCCCUAAAUCUCUCUGGAGAUAAUUACCUAGAAUGGGUAAAGAAUACUCUUGUUGCCCUGAGAUCCAGAGGACUCGGACAAUGCAUCAAUGAGUACAAUGAUAUCAUUGACAGUGAAAGGCAUAGAGCUAUAACGAUUAUUCGUUAUCAUCUCACUGAGGAACUAAGAGACCUGUAUCUCCAUGUUGAGGAUCCUUGUGACCUUUGGUUACAGUUAAGGAAAAGGUUCAAACCGGUAUCGUGGCAAAAAGCCAACCAUGAAUGGGAGAUCUUCAGAUUCCAGGAUUUUGAAUCCGUGGACAAAUAUAAUUCUGCUCUGAUGGAUAUUGCUUAUAGUCUUGAACUAUGCGGUGAAAAGAUAACACAUUAUUCUUUAUUUUAUAAGACCUACUCCACAUUCCAUCCAAAGGAUGUGCUGUUGUUACACACGGCUAAGAAGUUCACCACUUAUAAUGACCUUUUGUCAUAUCUUUUGGCUUCUGAACAAAGAAAGCAGAAAAUCAAAGAUACCAUCAACAGAUUUGACAAGCUUCAGAAAAGAUACAUUGAGCUAAAGAAUAAUAAGAUGAGGCCUCCUAUAGCUGAUGAAGCUGAAGUUGAGCGCCAUAUGGCAACACAUGCAUUGUGA